AUGCCUGCCAGGACUGGGAACCAUAAAACGAAUAAUGCCCGCCACGCGCGUACGACAUCCUGGUCGAGUGGCUUCCAUUUCGUUCAGGGCACCGGCGAAUCCUCCGAAAACACUAAAGGCCGCCGCCGACGCGAGUCCAAUACCUCCCUCGCCAGCGUUGAAGAACGCUCCUCCUCCCUCGACUCGCUCGACUCCUCCGCCAUCGAUGAUAGCAUGUUAAGGAAUACCUCGAUGGAUAUGGGUGGUGACCGAAAAACACAGCAUGUGCGCGGCCGCUCCGUUAGCCAUGGCCUGCCCCAGACACUGGACCUGCAUGAGCAUGAACUUCCGACUGCGCGGGCGCCAGCCCGCCCCGCGCUCGUAACGUGGAUGUCGCUCCCGCGGAAGGGUCAAUUGGCGCUGUUGGGUCUCUGCCGUGUCUUUGACUUCUUGCAGAUCGCUUCGCUACAGGCAUACAUGUUCUACCAGCUCAAGUCCUUCGAUCCGAAUCUCUCCGACUCCGAUGUUGCGACCCAAGCGGGAAUUCUCCAGGGUGCUUUUACAGCUGCUCAGUUUGCGACGGCGAUUCCCUGGGGUCGUGUUGCCGAUGCUGAGUGGGGCGGUCGGAAGUUCGUUCUACUUGUUGGUCUGAUUGGCACUGCGGUGUCUUGUUUGGGUGUCGCCUAUUCGACGUCGUUCGCGCAGGCCGUGUUCUGGCGCUCGUUUGGUGGUGGCAUCAACGGCACUGUUGGUAUUAUUCGAACUAUGAUUGCGGAGAAUGUUAAGGAGAAGAAAUAUCACUCGCGGGCUUUCUUGAUUUUGCCUAUUGGCUUCAACAUAGCUUCGUUGUUUGGUCCUGUGAUGGGUGGCAUGUUGGCUGAUCCUGUUAAGAGCUAUCCUCGUCUCUUUGGUCCCAAUUCUUCCUUUGGAGGUGCGAACGGAGUGCAAUGGCUCGAGACUUACCCUUAUGCACUGCCAAUGUUCGCGAACUUCUGUUUCCUCUCUUUCACUGCAGCUUUGGUUGCGUAUGGAUUAGAAGAGACCUUGGCAUCUUGCAAGGGCAAGCCUGGCCUGGGUGCAUUCGCUAAGAAGCUCUUUGCGCGCGGCGUGAAGACGGUGGUCCCCUCUUCAUCGUCCUUGUACACAAGGCUCCCGCUCCGAGACUACGAAGAGGACGGUUCUUUGCUGGGCCAGGACCCCUCGGAAAGUUACGAGCUCGAAGAAAAGGCGCACAAGCCUGUCCGCCUCCAACGUGUGUUGCCUUUCCGAAGAAUCUGGACCAAGAACGUGUUGUGCACACUCGGCGCACAGGCUUUCUUCGACUUCCAAAUGGGUGCCUUCAACAACCUCUGGCUACUCUUCCUGUCUACUCCUCGCUAUGAUGCCAAUGACCCCACGAGCCCUGCCCAAAGCUUGCCAUUCGCGUUCACCGGUGGACUGGGCAUGUUGCCGCAGAGCGUUGGUUUCGCGACCGCCAUUUUGGGUGUGAUUGGCAUGGUCCUCCAAUUCACCAUCUACCCUACCAUCAACGGCCGUCUGGGAACAGCCAAGAGCUACCAGUAUUUCCUCUCCCUCUUCCCGAUCGCAUACUUCAUUGCCCCUUAUAUCUCGCUGGCUCCAUCUACAAUCCCCCCUCCAGGCCAAGCCAACGGCCCCUGGGUCUGGUUUUGGAUCAUCAUUGUCCUCUUCUUCCAGGUCACUGCCCGAACCUUUACUCUCCCCACUUCCAUCAUCCUACUGAAUAACUGCUCGCCGCACCCAUCGGUUCUCGGCACAAUUCACGGAAUUGGCCAGUCCGUGUCCUCAGCCUUCCGUACCAUUGGACCCAUCUUUUCAGGUGCGUGGUACGGAUAUGGCCUGGACGUUGGGAUGGUCGGCUUCGGCUGGUGGUUGAUUGCAUUGGUAUCUGUGUUUGGCUGCCUUGCAGCUAUCUUCGUAUAUGAAGGUUCUGGACAUGAGAUUCUUCUUCCUGGUGAGGAAGAAGAGAUCUGA